CCUAAUCCCACCCCACUUGCACGGUCGCCGCCGGGAGUCUUCUUUCUCCUCGUCGCCCCCGGGAUUCACCAUCGCUCCCUCUCCUUGCCGCGCGGCCGACCUCCACCUCCCCGCCGCCGCUCCCUACUAGACAAGGCAGGUGCGGCUUGCCUGGCCCCCAAAUCCGGCCGCAACCUGUCCGGAUUGAUCCUCUCAAGCGGACGGACGCCGGGAGAUCAGCCGCUGUCCUGGUGGUCUCCUCCGCCGGUACGAUUCGCAGAAACUUCAGAAUCCAAGCUAGUCUCGGCCCAAAUCUGUCCAGAUUGACCCUGCUGACGCCGGAAGACCAACCAAUCGACCUCACCCUAGCCGCGGCCCUCGUCGCCUCCUGUGCCAGCGAAGCUCGCAAGCAAAGCCGCGACCAGCAGCACGUCCACGGCGGGGCACGGGGAGUCUGACUGUCUGAGUCGUCAGGUGCCUCCUCCAUUAGGCGUCAGCCUAGCCCCUGUAUCAGCCGUGCUAAUUCAGUGCAUCCGACUUCAGAAACGUUCCAUCUUCAAGGCUCAAGCAAAGAACAAGCUUCAGCUGCGGCCACUCUCCAUGGAAAAUGCCUGCAAGAACCUCAACCAAGUCGUACGCUCGGUGCGGCUGCUCAAGAUCGACGGGUUUAGCUUGACCCUGAGCCUGAGCUCUGAAUAUCGCUUCACAUCCAGAUGGAAUGUCGAUGGGUAUGAUUUGGAAGUUGGUAUCUAUCCUGCAGCCAACCCCUUAUAUCCAGAUGGCAACAAGUUUGUGUCUGUGAGACUAAUGUUUCUCAGUAAAGCCCGCACAGAGUGUGGUGUGCCAGUGAGCCUAGCCUGUCAGCUGGUAGAUCGCAGUGGGGAGCUUGAACCAUUUAAAGAGGACAGUGUGUCGGAGACCUUCUUUGCACCCCACUACUUCAAAGAACUCUUAUUGGUGAAUAGGAAGUCCAUACCAUCUGCUUAUCUCCGGGAUGAUUCUCUGACCCUGCGAUGCGCCAUCACAAUGCUCAAGGAAUUACCAGUACAAACCAUCCCAGCUGAAGAGGUGAUCGCUGUACCAUCCACCAAUUUGCACCAGCACCUCGGCGAGCUCCUGGAGAGCGAGACGGGAGCCGAUGUCACCUUUCUCGUGUGCGAUGAGUCGUUUGCUGCACACAAGGACAUACUUGCCGCAAGGUCUCCGGUUUUCAAGGCCCAGUUCUUUGGAGACAUGAAGGAGAAGUGCUCGCAACGUGUGGAGGUGAAGGACAUGGAGGUGGCUGCAUUCAGGGCCAUGCUGCACUUCAUCUACACCGACACGGUGCCCGAGCUUGAUCAACCGCUCGAGUUGGUGGCGACGCUCGCUCAGCAUCUGCUUGCGGCUGCUGACUGGUACGGUCUCGAUAGGCUCAAGCUGAUUUGUGAAAUGAAGCUCUCUGGUGGCAUCACCGUCGACACUGCAGCAACAACUCUUGCUUUGGCGGAGCAGCACAAUUGCUCGAAGCUCAAGGCCAAAUGUGUCGAGUUCAUCGUCAGCACUCCUGCAGUUCUUGAUGAUGUGUUGGCGACGGAGGGGUAUAGGCACCUGGAGGCAAGCUGCCCUUCGGUCCUGACUGAGCUUCUCAAGUCUGUCCAUGGGAGCCAAGAGUCAACUUCUGGACCAACCUAUUGUUGUCUGAUUUGUAUAACUGUAUGCUUUCCAAGGCACCCUGCAGUAUCCUUGAGAAUAUUUCUACAAGCCGUCGGCCUCCACUCCAUCAAAGGCCACGUUCCCGUCGAGCUCGCGCUCGACACCGGCGUUCACCGGCAGUGGCGCACCUUCUUCCGUGCCGCCUGUCGCAAGUACGCCCUCCUGGAUCACCUCGACUUCGAUGCUCCCGAUGCGCCGAACCUGGAGUGGUCUCUCCUCGACGCCACCGUCGUCUCUUGGCUCUAUGGGUCUGUCUCACUCAGUAUCCUUGACGCCGUCAUGACGCUCGGCGACGAUCCCCUCGCCGUCGAUCUAUGGAACAACAUCAACGGUCUCUUCAACGACCACAGGAUCAAUCGUCAACUCCACCUCACGGCCGAGCUCGGCGAUGUCAAGAUGGGAGAGAUGAGUAUGGCCGACUAUCUUCAGAAGUGCCGCUCGUUGCUUGCGCUCCAAGACAUGAAGCACAAAAACCACCGCGCCCGCAACUCGGACAUGGCCCUCUUCACCAACACCGGCAACCCUGGCAAGGCUCCUGGAAAAGGAAAGAAGAAGAAGAAGAAGGCCGCCGCUGGAGUCACCAAGGAGAUCAUCCCGGCGCCCGCGACCCCACAGGCUGCCACUCCUUCCUGGCCCUCACCGCAGCAUCCCUGGAACAGCGCCAUCCAGAUGUGGCCCCAUGGCCAAGGGGGGCUGCUCGGUCGCGCGCCGCCCGGCUACGCCCCUGCUCCCAGCUACGCGCCCCGGCACACCCUGUCGCCGCAUGCGUUCUACGCCCAGAACUGCUAUUCAGUGUGA